GUGGUGGCAAGUCAGCUCUCGAAAGAAUUGUAAGUGUGGUACACGGUGCUCGAAAUUUUGGGGGGGUUUUUCCCCUCUAUACAAGUAUUUAAAGUUUAUGCCGCGUUUAAAAACCGAGCCGACUAGUGAUCAAAACGGUUUCUUAAACUUUCAGUGGAUGGGUUACUAACUUUAUUAGAUGGUAAGCAACAAAUUAGCAAGUUUACAUGCUAGUGUGCUAGUCAGGAAGCAGAAACUUCAAAACUGAAUGGAAAUGUCAUGCAACAUUAGAACCUCCUCAAAUUCUUAGCUUUGUGAAAAUCGAAGUUUUGAUACGAUAGCUACAACUUCUGGUCUGAUAACAGUACUGUCAGUUUAAUCAUAUUGAUUCUCAACAUGGCUGGUCCGGAGUUACUGUUGGAUUCAAGUAUUCGCAUGUGGGUAGUUUUGCCAAUAGUGUUCAUAACGUUUUUUGUUGGAGUUCUCCGGCAUUAUGUCACACAGCUUUUGCAAAGUGACAAAAAAGUGGAUCUCGAGCAAGUCUCUGACAGCCAGGUGUUAUUGCGUAGCCGCAUACUGAGAGAGAAUGGAAAGUAUAUCCCUAAACAGGCAUUUGUCAUGCGAAAGCAUUACUUUAAUAACGCUGAAACAGGCUUCUUCAAGAAGGUCAAGAGGAAGGUGAUUCCAAAAAAUCCAAUGACCGAUACCAGUAUGUUGACUGACAUGAUGAAAGGAAAUCUGACCAAUGUGCUUCCAAUGAUUGUAAUUGGCGGAUGGAUUAACUGGGCGUUCUCAGGUUUUGUGACCACUAAAGUUCCUUUCCCACUGACUUUGAGAUUUAAACCCAUGCUUCAGAGGGGGAUCGAUCUGCUGUCUCUUGAUGCAUCCUGGGUGAGCUCAGCCUCCUGGUACUUUCUCAAUGUGUUUGGGCUUCGCAGCAUGUACACGCUCAUUCUUGGACAUGACAAUGCUGCUGAUCAGUCCAGAAUAAUGCAGGAUCAGAUGACUGGAGCAGCUAUGGCCAUGCCGCCUGACCCCAACAAAGCCUUCAAGAGUGAGUGGGAAGCUUUGGAGAUCGUUGAACAUAAAUGGGCCCUGGAGAACGUGGAGGAUGAGCUCAUGUCACAGGACUUGAAGUUUUAAAUGGGGUUUUUCCCGGUCAGUCGUUUAAAACCGCUGCAUUCUGAUGGUGAUGGUACGUGUAUUGAUCAUAAUCGCCACGUUUUGAGGGUAAAAUGCAAUGAUUUACCCUUUACGUGUGACCCUCAGAUUGUGUGAGUUCAAAAAAUGUGUUCAUCCAAAGUGAUAUAGUAAAUUAAUUCUUGUCAAGAAUGUCUUAACGUUUGAGCGUCUGAGAGAAGUCACCUGUUAGAGAUUGACGACUGAUCCAACACAGCUACACAAAAACGCACACUGACUGUAGAAUGACAUUGCUGUCAGUCGUAUUAUGAAACCUGGCACGCAUUGGGUUUUUGGGUAAGAUGCUCCGAAUUCACCUAUAUGAUUAGUUUAGAUCUCAGAAUCUUAAAAGAAUGGUCAUGUAUUUGUUUUCUUUUGUCUGCAAUGUGUUAUAUUUGCCCCUUAUCUACUAGGUGUGUGGUCUGUCAAAUUAUAUUUGAAAGUGUACAUCUAUGUGUGUGUGUGUGUGUGUGUGUUUGUAUAAGGUGAUGCCUUAAUUCUUACCAUAUGUUGUCUUAAUUGCUAGCCCUUUGUCUGGGAUUUUUUGAGUUCCAUUAUUUCUGCUUGUCUGGGGUAAAUACUGAGAGAAUGGUUUAGAAGUGAGUCAUGUGAUUGUUUUCCCUUGACAGAAGUGAAGGGUUUUUUUUGUUUUUUGUUUUUAAAGCAAACUCUAAUUGUUUGAAGUCUAUUGAGCGAAAAAAUCAAAAGAAAAUAGUUAUUGAUCAGUGUGUAAAGGGAGUGGAAAUCGGUGUCAUGAGAUUGAAUUUAUUUAAUAAAUACUUGAUGAAUACAUUUUCUGGUAAGGAAAUUAAUUCAUUCAUAUCGUCUGAUGAUACAAUUUGAAAGUGGACCGUGUGAUGCCGUCCACCGCAUAAAUCACUUCAGUUGACAUUUGCAGCAGGAAAAAAACUUGUAUCCCGGUUGUAGUAAUGAAUGAAUUUGUUUAUUCAUUUAACACAGCUGGAAUCUGCCUUCAAAAUGAAAGGUGACUAUAUCAGGACUGUGGAUUCCGGUUUUAAAUUGUUUUUCGGUUACCUGUGGUGAUGCUGAUGAGGUGAAAUAUAU